AUGGAGUGUCCAAAUCAAACAGCACCAAGUAUAUUUAUCCUCUUAGGAUUUCCAUAUCCACAGGAGCUCAAGAUCCCCUUGCUUUUCUUCUUCUCAAUCAUGUUUAUCCUGACUCUUUCUGGAAAUUCUCUGAUCAUCCUGGUGGUGAUCUCUGACCUUCAGUUGCACAAGCCCAUGUACUGGUUCCUGUGUCAUCUCUCCAUCCUGGAUAUGGCCUUCUCAGCUGUGGUGGUUCCCAAAGUUAUUGCAGGAUUCAUUCCUGGUGGAAAAGUAAUUUCUUUUGUAGGGUGUGUGACUCAACUAUUCUUUUUUCAUUUCCUUGGAUGUGCAGAAAGCCUCCUCUACACCUUGAUGGCUUAUGACCGCUUCUUGGCCAUUUGUAAACCACUCCAUUAUGGCAACAUCAUGAACUGGAAAGCCUGCCUCAGCCUGUCCUUGGGUACCAUAAUUGGAGGCUGCCUCCAAUCCACAUUUCAGACAUUUCUCACCUUCCACUUGCCUUAUGGACAGAAAAACAAUAUUGAUUAUGUCUUCUGUGACAUUCCUGCCAUGCUGAAACUGGCUUGUGUUGAUACAAAAUUUAAUGAGUUGGUGAGCUUCAUUGAUGUUGGCCUUGUAGCGAUGACCUGCUUUCUCCUUAUCUUAGCAUCCUAUGUUUACAUCAUCAUAGCUAUUUUGAGAAUUAGCAGUAGUGAAGGACAGCGCCGAGCUUUCUCAACUUGCACUGCCCAUAUUACUGUGGUGGUCAUAUACUACCUGCCUGUGGUGUACCAUUAUAUGAGGCCAUCUUCUCAGGACUCCAUGGAUGGUGUGGUGAGUGUGUUCUACACCACAGUAACCCCUUUGUUGAAUCCAGUGAUAUACACACUUAGGAACAAGGAGAUGAAAAAUGCUCUGGUGAAACUAUGGAGCAGGAAUCCAGAGUAA